CGGUUGGAGCUUUCGCGUUUAUUUCGGCGUCUCGCUCGCCUUGUGUGCGUGCCUGUGUAUGUUUUCUUCUUCCUCAUCGGCCAACGUGCACCGCGUGAACCUGUCCUUCGCGUUCGUUCUGUUCACUUCAUCGUCGCUUCCAAGCAACCUGAACAACACGGACGAAUUCUGGCUGUUUCGUUACGGGAUCGGCGAUAGCCCCGGCGUCCGCGUCGGUGGCGUUGCCUGUGGCUGGCGUGGUUGUUUGUGCUUGGUUGUGCUUGGUUGUCCUCCGAACGCUGACCUGCUAGCGGUGGUGCCUCGUUGAGGCCCAAGUUUAUCGACAUGCCGAGCGUCAAAGAGUGCAACAAUGACAGCGAGGGCGAAGAGAUGGACCAAGAGACACCGGAAAGUGAUAAAUCGAGCAACGAUGACUCGGACUCGUCGUCCGGAUCCGAAGAGGAUGACAGCUCCGAGAUGGACGAAGAAGAUUGCGAGAGGAGGCGAUCGGAGUGCAUCGACGACAUGGCUGACCUCGAGCGACAGUUCAUGCACCUCAAGGAACAGCUUUACCUCGAGCGAGCUAACCAAAUCGAAGCGAAACUUGAAGAGGUAAAACUGGGCCGCGCACCUGAAUACCUGCAGCCGCUUGAAGACCUCCAGGACAACAUGAGGAUACGGAUAGAGGUCGCAGGUAUUCUGCGAGAAAUGAAGCUGAAAAACAUCAAGCGGAAGUAUGACGCUGAAGAAAUUGCUGCAUUCCAAAACUUUGAGAGUGAACGAAAUUUACUGCGAGACUCCAUCCGGUGUGAACUCGAGGAGAAGAUCAGACGACUUGAGGAAGACCGCAACAGCAUCGACAUCACGUCAGAUCUGUGGAGCGAGCAGGUCACCCAUAAGAAGAGCCGGCGCAAGGCGGACUCGAUGACGACAGACAGGCGAAAGAAACCCGUCACCGUCUCUGGACCCUACAUUGUGUACAUGUUGCGAGAAAACGAGAUCCUGGAAGACUGGACGGCCAUAAGGAAAUCUUGUCUCGGGCAAACGACCAUCUGCGGCGCGCUGGACGCUGCCGGCCUGGUCACGCAGCGGGGCGCCAUCUCUCGAAGGAGGCGGCGCAAAACCCGUGCCGCGGAACUCACGGACCGCUGGCGUUCAAAAGAGCACAGGCAACCCUGUCUCAGCUCCAAAAGAUGACAAUCAAGUGCAUUGAAGACUGCACGGCAGAAGAAUGACUUACUUGUGUGAUCAGCGACUGCCUUCGAACGUGCAUUAAAAACCAUGCCACAGAACUUCCGAGUUGUACAUAGAAGCUGGGGACGCGACAGCCACAGUCAUCGGAACCAUCAGUGCUCAAGGACGCAUCGCGGUGCAGAAUGUGCAUUUCCUAGCCUGCGUUGUGCUCCCUGCCUGCCUUUAUUAUUUUUUUUUUCUUAUGAACUGUGUAGCUUUUACAAUAGUUUUUUUAGCACAGUUAUUAUUUAAAAGUGUCUUAAACAACACUGCUUGCCAGUGUCAUCCCGAGUGUCGAAGCAAUCUUCGAGCCAUUUUGUGGAAUGUUACUGCGCAGCUUGAUGUAAGGCCAUUUAUUUCUUUUUUUUUUCCAAGAAUUUGGUGUGCUGAGCAAGCUCAUUGUGCUGCUUCCACAUCAUGUUGACCUGUAAAUAAACAUUGUUUUCAACGACGCAGAA